ACUUGGCAAUUUAUAGUUAUAAUUCCAAAUAUAUAAUUAUUUAGAAAGGUAAAAUACAUAAAAAAUAUUUACAACACACCAUUACAGUCAGGUGAUGACAAAACAAUUAUGUCAUUUAGAAUAAUCCUCUUUUCAAUUCGAAAUCUUGUGACUGAUUGCUAUAAAAUCAAUUAAUAAUGCUUUCACACGAAUUUAACUGACAUAAUAAUCGUUAGUAAAGACAUCAUUCAAAUCUCUAAAAUGUCAUCACAUCAAUAAGACAGAUAUGGUGUCAAACUAUAGCUGAUAAGGAUUAUAAUGACGGUAUAGUAGAAAUACUUAUUAGCCGUUAAAAGUAAAACAAUCUCAUUUAUCAGUCAGAGGCAUCAAUUAAUAAAAAAAUGCGGAAAAAGAGCACUGUGCGGCAAUCAAUGAGCCAUUUGAUUGUAGAAAGGAAAAAAAAUAAAUCGGUUGAUAGAUUAAAAGGUCGAUUGUUAUUCAAAGCAUCAGUGAGAUUAGUUUUGGAAUACAUUGAUUGGCUUAAACAAGAGAAAAUUAUUGUUAAAGAUGAAGAGAUAACUGAUGAGGUUCCUUUCAUUCAAGCUAAAAAAUAUAACGAACGGGAUUUGAGUAUUCAGGAUCGUUCAAUUUUACUGAUAAAUCCUCAAUUAAGAACUAAGAAAGAUAGAGAAUAUAUUUCGGAUUUGAUGAAAAAAAUUCAAGCUUUUAAAAAAUAUCCUAAUGAAAGAGAGUCUAUUGCUGAAGUUUGUGAGUACCGAUACUUUGGGUUAGAUCGAAUUAUUGUUCGUCAGAAUCAUCCGGCUAAUUAUUUGUAUUACAUAAUAAAUGGAAAUGUUGAGCUGAUCAAAGUUGAAUCAAAUAAUAUAACAGAGGAAAUCAAAGAAAUGAAUGUUGGCACUUUAGGACCUGGUGAUAUGUUUGGAGAAGUAGCACUUCUUCAUUCUGUUCCGAGAACUACAACUGUAGUGGCAAAAACACCUGUAGAUCUUCUUUGUCUUCAUAAAUCAGAUUUCGAUCGAUUACUGAAAGUUCUUUUGUUAGAAAAUUGGAAUGUUUUACAAGAUGCUCUGGUGACUUUCGAUUACUUUAAAUCUUGGGAUAAGACUACCAUAAGAGAAUGUUGUGUUCUGAGUAAAGUUAAAGAUUUUAAACCAGAUGAAAUUAUUUUGGGUGAUGGGAAGGGUAUGGUGAACUACGUCUACUUCUUACUAUCAGGAACAUGUCGACUAAUUGAACAUAUGCUAAUUAGUGAAGAAAAGAGUGGUGGUCAAAUUCAGUAUAAAUUAUACGAUCCAAAAAUUCAUUCCACUAAUAAACCUAGGAAAUGUUCUGAUCAAAAAGUUGAUGUAAAUCAACCAAAGUCAAAUAUCUUGGAAACUGAUAAUACUAAAACAGAAUCUAUAGGAGAAAGUGUUUCUAAAAAUAUUCAAAACUUAACAAGCACAGAACGUAUGAGUAUUACUACUACUACUUUUCAGAAUAUAAUAAAUCAAUGGCAUGAAAUAACAGAUUUAACAACGAUACUGAGACAAGAACCUUCUGCAUACUCACAGCAAAUUUAUCCUAACAAUGUUAAAACUAUUUUCGUUCAAGUUUGUGAAUUUCAUAGAAGUGCAUGUUUCGGAUUAGGCGAACAAAUGCAAAAUCGUCGAAUAGUUUCUGUAACACAUUCUCGUUGUUUGUUAAUUCCACGAUACUGGUUAUCGGAGCAUAAUCAUGCGAAUAUAUGGGAACGUGUUAAAGUUUUCAUGAAUUCAAAGUAUCCAUCACGUGAAAAACUUUUUAAUGAAUUCGUCACGGACAGAAAGUGGAUAAAAUAUAAAAAAAGUACGGCCAGUAAAAUUAUAAAAAAUGGAAAAAAUAUUUAUAAAAAUACUACGAUUCAUGAUGUUCCAUAUUCUAUCAGAAUCAGUCAAAUAAUUGACUUGUAAUCAUUUUGAUUUAUGUGCAAUUAAAACUCUAUUUUUUAAAGAGAGCAAUGUAAUAAGAAAAAAUUUUAUUCAUUAGUGAAUUUGAAAUUUUUUCUUUAAAAAAUU